UUACCAACUCCAUUUUGGGCUCCAAAAAUGACCGUUGGGGUUUUGGGAAUACACAAAGACCCAGAGAGAGUCAGAGAGAACAAGACACAAAGUGAGUGAGAGAGUUCACAGUUCAUCACAAUCCCAAAUAUGAUGAUGAACAAGACUCAGACCCAGAACAAGUCUCAGUAUGAGCUUUCCAGAGAUGAAAGAAUCAAAGCAAACCUUGAACGAAUGCAGAAGCUCGGCCUUGCUGACAUCUCGCUUGAGCUCAAGUCUCAGUUUCAGGCCAAGCGCGCCACAAAGAGCUUCUCAAACCGUACGACGCCGUCUUCUGUAGCCUCUCCUAUUCGGAGUCCCGGACCCAUUCGCCGAUCUUCUAGAUUGCAGAAUUCAACUCCAGUAAGCUACACGGAGGCGCCUCUGGGGAAGAAGGAUGAGGGUAAGGAAAUGGGUAGUAUUAUGCUGGAGGAGGGUGCAAGACCGGAGAUUUACACAGAAGAGCAUGAAAAGCUGUUGGGUCACACUGAAAAGAGCUGGACUCUUUUUGGGGAUGGUUAUGGGAAAGAUGGAAAGCGACUUUAUGACCCAGUUAGAGGAAAGACUUGUCAUCAGUGCAGACAGAAAACUCUGGGAUAUCGUACUCAAUGCAGCCAAUGCAACAGGCUCCAUGGACAGUUCUGUGGAGACUGUUUGUACAUGAGAUAUGGGGAGCAUGUACUUGAAGCUGUUGAGAAUCCAAAGUGGAUUUGCCCCGUCUGUCGUGGAAUUUGCAACUGUAGUUUUUGUCGGACAGCAAAAGGAUGGCCUCCAACUGGCCUUCUCUACAGGAAGAUAGUACAACUAGGAUUCAAAUCAGUUGCACACUAUCUCAUUCAAACCCGACGUGCAGAGACAAGUUUAGUGCAAAAUCCAGAAACUCCCGAGCAAGUUUCUGGGAGAAGGUUACUGCCCUUCCCAGAUACGGAUGAAGAAAAUCUCAAGGCUGAUCAUAAUGACCUUGGACCGUUAACACCUCUAGGUGAAGAGAAAGGAGACAAUGAGUUUAAGAGUGAAAAAGAGGAUGAAAAGCAGAAUAAUGCAGAUCUAGACAUCAAUAACCAAGCUUCUGCAAAGAGGACAUUGUCCUUUCCAGAUAUUGACCACAUGGUUGGUGACCACCUUGGAUUGCCAAAGCUUCAAUCUGAGAGCAGCACUGGUGAUCAUAAAGAAGAGAGUAAAGUGGAUUGUGUGGAUUUGAAACUUGGUGAUAGUACUAAUGGAUUAGAAACUGCCUCAAAGCCCAAAAAGAAGCGGGCUCGGGAUAAUGAACCAAGUGCUGAUAGUAUUGGUGGAAGAUUAAGGCGGAGACGUGAUGAUUCUUCAGAUGCAAAAGACAAAAUCCCAGAUGGUAAGCAGGAUGCUAACAAAAUCUUGUCGGAGACGGAAGUCAAAAAAGAAAUCUGUGUGCUGUUUACUGAUAAUAAAGAUGGUGGCGAUAGCUGUACCGUAUUGAGAGGAAGUUCAAAGCUCAAGAAGAAGCACAUUCGUGUGGCUGAACCAAGUGCAGACAGUGUUGCCGGAAGACUGAGGCAGAGGCGUAAGGGCAAUUAGCAUGCUCCAAACACCUUAGCACUGAGAGGUGCUCUGACUGUUUUGAAAAGCACCAUGAAGAUUAGGUGUUACCUGUUUUCAGCAAAGGAUGGAGUUCACAGUAGUUUUAGCUGACCAUGUUUUUGUGCAUGUUAAUGGUUUCCAAACAUUCUGAAUUCUGUGAUUUCUGUCCUAGUCCUAUGAUGACCCAGAAAAAUUGUAGGACAUGACAUUUGAUAUUAGUGGUAAUGUAAUGAGCAUUUACCAUAUGGUGGUAUAUUUUCACUCCUUGUUGAAUUGCAUGUUCGGAUGCAUCAAAUGAGAUCUAUU